CCUUUAACAUUAAUCAACAUGAAUGACCAGACCACAGAGAAACCAUUCAUUUGUGACAUUUGUGGCAAGGACUUCUCUCGAAAUAGUAAUCUUCAGGCACAUGAAAGGACCCAUACAAACGAGAAACCAUUUGUUUGUGAGAUUUGUGGCAAGGCCUUCUCACGCAAAGGUUCCCUUCAGCGUCAUGUAAUCGCGGUCCACGAAAAUGAGAAACGGUUUGUUUGUGACAUCUGCGAUAGGGUCUUUACAUGCUGGAAUUAUCUUGAACGACAUAUGAGCACGCACACCAAAGGGAAGCCAUUUGUUUGUGACAUUUGCGUCAAGGCCUUCACUUACAGGCGUGUCUUUGAGCGACACAUGAGGAUCCACACCAAAGAGAAGCCAUUUUCUUGUGACAUUUGUGGCAAGGAAUUGUCACGUAAGAGUUCUCUUCAAACACACAUCAGGAUCCACACCAAAGAGAAGCCAUUUGUUUGUGACGUAUGUGGAAAGGCAUUCUCGCGUAAUAAUUACCUUACGGUACAUAAAAGGAUCCACACCAAAGAGAAGCCAUAUGUUUGUAACUUUUGCGGCAAGGCUUUUGCAAAUGAUGGCGCUCAUUAUGUACAUGUGAAAAUCCACACCAGCGAGAAGCAAUUUAUUUGUCACAUUUGUGGCAAGGGCUUCUUACGUAAAGGCAGCCUUCAAGAUCAUGAAAAGGUCCACAUUAAAGAGAAGCCAUGUGCGAGGAACACGCUGAAACGCAACCAGCAGUCACCGGUGAUGGUUGCUGGGUAUACCUGUCAAGUAGGGCAGCAGAUGGGCUCAAACAUAAGAGAAGUCAUUUACCUCUAUUCUUGAGAUUUGUGGCGAAACCUCCUCAGGCACUUGAAAAGAGCUUUUCUACAACAAAACUGAGUUCAUGUGACUUACAGAGCUCUCCCAAGAAUAUUUUCUACAAUUACGCGGGAGGGCGCUUUGACUAAGAGUCAUGUUUAUCAUGGAGCGUUUUGAAAAUCCGUACUGUAAUCCACACCUAGUCCAUUGACUUGUAAUCAUGCAAGUGAGAAUGUUUUUGAAGACAGGACGCCUCCAGGAGAAUCACAGGCCCUCGUAAUGUACAUGUAGUUAAUUAAAUCUAUUUUAUGGUUUAGCACCGUACUUGAAA